AGCACGAAAUUCUAUCAGUGGACUUCAAGAUGCCCAUUCGAUUCAGAUCUCAAAGGAACUAUUCUUCUCGUCUUCUUUCCAGCGAUGAGGCUGCCCAGCUGGAUCAACUUAUUGGUACCCGCUGCCACAGUGCGCUUACCACAGUGGUCCAAAUAUUUUGCCCUGAACCACCCGAGUAUACCCAGUGGAUGAAAAAAGAUUGUGGAAUAUUGUGUUUAAUCACAGACAAGACCGACAACCAGAAUCACUGGCUGAAAAUCUAUUGCCUAGUCCGGCGAGAAGUCAUUUGGCAGCACAAGCUUCAUGGCGACCUUGGCUAUCGCGCACCAACACCUUAUUUUCAUACAAUCACCACUAGCGACAAUACUCAAAUUGGUCUUAAUUUUGCUGACGAAGCUGAAGCUGCCGUCUUCCUAAAAACUGCCAGAGCUUAUCUAGUACGAAACAAAGCGUUAACAAGAAGCGGUCUAUCUAAGGAGGACAUAAGCUCACCUACAAAUUUUCGGUUAAUUAGUCGCAUUGGUUGGGACAGACGGAGAGGCAUUGUCCUGUACAAUGUGGAUAACGAAUUGCUGCACACAUUCUUGUCCGGCUUUUGCAAUCGAUCUCAGUUGCAAAAGGACAAUCGCCAACGUGCACAGAACAGCAGUUUCAAAAGAAGGACGAUUACAAAAAGCGAUAUUAGCUUGCCUAUUGAUGCCAAAGUGAACAAACGAAAAUAAUGGAAUGGAACAACGAAACACAUUAUAAUUGUACAGCGUAUGAACAUUUGAGCUCUUCAUUUAAUGACUAGAUUGCGAAAAUCAGCCGAAUUAAAUUUCAAUACUCUGCUCAAAGAGGAAUGUUAAUUACACAAAACUAAACUA